AUGGAAGGCCUCAGGAAGAUUCGUCAACCAGAGCUUUUCAUGUCACUGAAGAGGGACAUGGCUGUGGUCACCCAACAAAUUUAUGUUGCUGAGGAAUGGACCAAACAAGCUCGUGAGGAUGUGCAUAGGGAGGCUCAGUCCCGUGCUACAGUUGAGAGGGCCGCGAGCGAUCUCAAACGUGAUCUUGAUCGUCAGGAUCAUGAGUUAAGAGAGGUGAAGAAGGCCAAUGCGAGUGCAGAGGCUGGCCUGAAGACUGCUGAAAAGCAAACCGAAGAGCUGCGCAAGCAGCUCCGACACUCUGAGGAAAAAUUGUCAGCAGAGCAACAAGCGGUUUCGGAGCUUAAGGCUAAGCUUGCAAAGGCCAAGGAGGAAGCCCGCUUGUCCAGGGAGGCUGCCGAGAAGGCUGUGGCGGCUUCGUAUGAACGUGGGGUUCACGAUACUGAGGAAAGGUUGACCGAGGAAAUCGCCACUGUCUGUAGGGAUUAUGUCACCUCGACCUGGGGGCUGGCCAUGGAUAGGGCAGCCGUCCCCGCAGAUUCUGAUCUCAGGAAAGCUGAGAACAUCUUUUACCCUGCGGAGAUACGUGAGACUCCUGGGGAGGUCGUUUCCACUGAACCUCUUCCAGCAAAUUCCCCCAUUCUCGAGACUGGAGGCAUGGAGCAAGCUACGCAGGGCCAGUCACCCGAGGACAGUCUUCGCAUCAGUGAGAUCCUUGCCCAGGCCCAGGAGAUCGCCCCGGAGAACCCAGCAGUGGAUGAUCAGCCCGCCCCAACUCAGGGCCCUUAG